AUAAAAAAUUUAAAAUGUAGAGUUUUAAUUUUGGUCAAUAUACUUUGGAUUUUAAAGCAAAAUUCAAAAUUUUAAGUAACACAAACCGAAACAUCUUAAAUUUGAGAAAUAUUACAGAAGGAAUAUCCAAAUAUUAGAAAGACAUUGUAUACAAAACAUUUUAAAACAUGCAGGAAUAUAGAGUAAUGGUCCAACUGAAUGAUAUGGCCGAUGAGGAGUAUUACGCUUCAACUCAACGAAAAUCGGUGAGCUUACAGGAUAAAUAUAAAAAGAUCGUCAAAACUGAAUUGGAAUUACUCGAUAAAUCCAAUUUGAUACUUAAAACAACUGAAACAUUUUUGAAAGAUUCAAUUCCCAAGACGCAAAAAGCGCAGCAGUUUUAUUUCGAUUACAUUGAUUAUGCAUCGAAAUCGGCUACUCGGAUCAUUAUUGAACAAGUUAUGGAUCAGUUAUUAAAUAAACAGCAAUCCUGUUGUCUGAUACGGUGUAGUUUAUUGCGUGAAUGCCAAAUAAAAUUUUUAAUAAAUCUCUUAGUUUUGGCGGUAGAUAAAAGGUUGCGCUUAUAUAGUCUUAAUUUGAUUUCGAUUAACUUGCAAUGUUAUCUCGAUGUGCAUCGAUUUAAUGUGAUAAGUCUCCUCGAUAAAGCGGAACACAAUCGGAAUUUACGGACGUUACCACCGAAACGGUUAUUUCACAAUACAUUGGAGUUACUUAAUUGGUUGGAGAGUGAUUAUUUCCAUUUGUGGUUGUUAGGAUCUGAACAUGAAUGUAUGGACUUCGAAUUUACCCUUACUAAUGCGCAGAAACAACCGAUUAAGUUAAGUUUCUCAAUAGUAAAUUUCUACUUAAGUCUUAUGUCUUCAGAUACCAAAAAUAAUCUGGGUGAUUUUUUCAAGAACCAUAUAAGUAAAGUAAAGCAUACCAUGAUAACUGACAGCAUAAGAGAAUAUUUUACCACAAAAUGGUCGCUUAAUAUUAUAUUCGAUAUACCUGUGAUACCCAAUGGAGAUUUGGUUAUCAAAGAUAUGUUGAAAAUUGCAUCCUCCGCUUAUAUGGGUAUGGUUAAAUUACAGGAAAGGAAAUUGAAUUCCGAAUUUGUUAGACAAAGAUCUUCAAAUUGUAUUACGGCUUGUAGGGAUGCCAUUAAAAACAUCCAAAACAACCUGGUAGAAUAUGAAAGUUUUGGGGAUAAUUCUGUUAAUAGCGCAGAACAGUUUGAAGAAAAUUUGAACUGUGUACCUCUUUGUGAAGAUGGGAAUAUAGAAGAAAUUAUUAAGAAAUUUGAUGAUGAAAUUGAAUGUAUAAAGACAGAAAAGGAAUCGGAGGAAGUUGUAAAAGAAAAUGAGCAAACCGAAAAUAAGAACAUUGACGAUUACGUAAAAGAUGGUGAGUCCGUCAUAAUGCAAGAAAGACAAUCAAGUGGAGCAGAAAAGAUUGAAACCCUCAAAAGUGUUGAAAGCAAUUUAGAUAGAGAAAAUGCUUUUAAAGAAUGUUUUGCUGAAGACAAUAUCAGCAUCUUUUAUGAUGGCAUUGAUCAUUCAUUCAAAACUGUGCUAACAGCUAUGCAAAACUAUUACAAACACAAAUUUACCGAUCAAAUGAGCAAUAUUAAUAACGAUAUUAAGAAUUUGAUCCAUGAAAACCAGAAUGAGAUUGAGGCCAUUCAGCAACGGAAUAAACGCGUUCACAAGGAAAUGCAAAAAUAUUCUGGCAUAUAUCAUACGGCAUUGGUUACUAUACAAGAUUUGGAAGAUGAAGUGAAGAAAUCCAAAUAUGCUGGACAUUUAUUUGAUUAUCUCGAAGAAAAAAAAUCAUAUCUGACAGAAUGUUCUUUGCAGUUUAAGAUAAUACAGUUAGCACAAUGUAUGUCCAGUAUACAGGGUACUAUUGGAGCAGAACUUUCACUACUAAAAAGUGCCAUUGAAUCCAAUAGUACAAAAAACAAACAUAACGAGUAUUAAUACUGAUUAUUUAUCAUAAAAAAAAUAC